AUGAGAGGAGAAGCGUUCUGUUUCCAUUUUGACAAGCCCGGCAUCAACCUCCUUUUGAAUAAGAAUCCCCUUUUGCCUCGGAGGGAGCCUGGGAAGGAGCUGGGUCACCAGCAGUUCUACUGGGGCCACCCGCGAAAAUUCGGCCAGGGCUCCAGUUCUCGCCGCGUGUGCUCAAACCGGCACGGUCUGAUCCGGAAAUACGGCCUCAAUGUGUGCCGUCAGUGUUUCCGUCAGUACAUGAAGGACAUCGGCCUCAUCAAGCUGGACUAAGUUAUGUUUGGAUGGACAAUCCAAGACCACUACCCAAAAGAAGAAACAAUGCCAACUAUUUGUAUAUAAAAUUUUAAAAAUUCAAGCCUGAAAGAAAAAGAAAGACUAAGAAUCCAUGGGACGAGCGUCGAGAUGGCAGUGAGUGACACACACCAUGCUGCUCCUCUGUAGCCAACAUCUGAGAAACUAGUGAAAGGCAAGUGACAGAGCUGGAGCUUUGAACGUCCCGCGGAAAUAUAAAGAACAGAAUAAAAAACAAAAGUAUAAAGAGGAAUCGAACCCUGAAUGGAAGAAGAAAUUCAGAGAACACC